AUGAAGCCGGCAACACUCGCUCUCCUCCUUGGCCCCGUGGGCAUUGUAGCCAGGCCAUGUGGUGGCCAUCGUCCUCAGACAACUUCAUCUACAAUUCCAUCUACAAUUUCAUCUGCAGUUCCUUCUACGGUUUCUGCUACAGUUUCUGCUACAGUUUCUUCUACAGUUUCUUCGGCAACAUAUACUACAACCGCAUCAUCAACUGGCGAGUCUACCACAGCAACUUCAAUUGCUUCGAUCACUUCCACGACGAUUCCCUCGGUAACUCCUUCCGCCACAUUGUCCACCAGUAAACAGGCUACCUCUUCUACGACGACCUCUGCUGCCCCAACAUCUACUAAAGGUAGCGGCUCCUCGUCUGAUAGCAUUGACGAACUAUUCAAGGCGAAGGGCAAGCUUUACUACGGCACCGCAGCUGACUCUGGCACUCUGUCUAAAUCCCAAAAUGCCGCCAUCAUCAAGAAGGACUUUGGGCAACUAACACCUGAGAACAGCAUGAAGUGGGAUGCUAUCGAACCAACUCGUGGCGGCUUUAGCUUCGGUGGUGCUGAUGCACUUGUUAAUUUUGCCGUGCAGAACGGCCAGAGCAUUCGUGGCCACACUCUCCUCUGGUACCAGCAACUACCGGACUACGUCAAGGCCAUCACAGAUAAAAAGGAGCUUACCAGCGUCAUUGAGAACCACAUUAGCACCAUCGUCGGAAGAUAUAAGGGCAAGAUUCGCUCUUGGGAUGUUGUGAAUGAGGUCUUCACUGAGGAUGGUACUCUCCGCGAUUGCGUCUUUACCCAAGUUCUAGGCGAAGACUUUGUUCGUAUCGCUUUCGAGGCGGCACACAAGGCGGACCCGGAUGCUAAGCUUUACAUUAACGACUUCCAUCUCGAGAGCGGAACGUCCGCUAAGACUACCACUGGCAUGUUUGAUCACGUAAAGAAGUGGCUCGCUGCUGGCAUCCCGAUCGACGGUAUUGGUAUCCAAGGUCAUCUCGGUGGUGGCAACCCUAGCGCUAGCGGAAUGCAGGCUGGGUUGGAGAAGCUCGCUACGACCGGUGUAAAGGAACUGGCCAUUACCGAGUUGGAUAUUGUGAAUGCGUCGGCCCGACGAGUAUGUUAA